UACACACCUGUGUGGUUAGAAGAAGUAUUCUUAUUGAAUUCUCCACUGGUACUUCCAUUGUCUCUCUGUCUCUCUCUCGCCACCAUUUGCAUCCAGAGAGCCAGAGAAAUAGCAGAACCCACAUUAACCAGAAGUUUCAGAAUCAAUCAUGGGAAGUAACAGAGCCAAAACACCUCCAUUUUCUUCCACUUUCUUACUCUUUCUCACUCUUUCCUGUGUUUUCCGGGACACCCACCAACAACAGCAGCAACCCAUCAAAACCAUUGUUGUGUUGGUUUUGGAGAACAGAUCUUUUGAUCACAUGCUUGGAUGGAUGAAGAAAUCCAUCAACCCAUCAAUCAAUGGUGUCACUGGAAAAGAGUGCAAUCCAGUUUCAACCAAGACACAAGACACUGAAUCAAUCUGCUUCACUGAUGAUGCUGAGUAUGUGGAUCAGGAUCCAGGACAUUCAUUUGAAGCUGUGGAACAACAGGUAUUUGGCUCUGGUUCCAUUCCUUCAAUGUCUGGCUUUGUGGAACAAGCACAAACCAUGCCACAAAACCUCUCAGAAACAGUUAUGAAAGGGUUUAAACCAGAAAAUGUGCCAAUUUUUGCUACACUAGUUCGCGAAUUCGCAGUUUUUGAUCGUUGGUUCUGCUCAAUUCCUGGUCCAACACAGCCCAAUAGGCUAUUUGUGUACUCAGCAACUUCUCAUGGAUCAACCAGCCACGUGAAAAAGCAAUUGGCUAAAGGGUACCCCCAAAAGACCAUAUUUGAUUCACUUCAUGAAAAUGGGAAAGAUUUCGGAAUUUACUUCCAGAACAUACCCACAACAUUGUUCUACAGAAAUUUGAGGAAAUUGAAGUACAUUUUCAAGUUUCACCUAUUUGACUUUAAGUUCAAGAAAGAUGCUAGAAAUGGGAAGCUUCCAAGCUUGACUGUAAUAGAACCAAGGUACUAUGAUCUUAAGGGAAUUCCAGCAAAUGAUGAUCAUCCCUCACAUGAUGUAGCUAAUGGGCAGAAGAUAGUGAAGGAGGUUUAUGAGGCAUUGAGAGCUAGUCCUCAGUGGAAUGAGACCCUUUUGGUGAUUACUUAUGAUGAGCAUGGUGGGUUUUAUGACCAUGUACGUACUCCUUAUGUUGAUGUUCCUAACCCAGAUGGAAACACAGGUCCUGCUCCUUAUUUCUUCAAGUUUGAUCGCCUUGGUGUUCGUGUUCCCACGAUUAUGGUCUCUCCAUGGAUCAAGAAAGGAACUGUGAUAAGCAGCCCAAAAGGACCAGCUCCAAACUCUGAGUUCGAGCACUCAUCAAUCCCUGCAACCAUAAAGAAAAUGUUCAACCUCUCCUCCAACUUCUUGACUCACAGGGAUGCUUGGGCUGGCACAUUCGAGCAGGUUGUUGGGGAAUUGACAUCUCCAAGAACAGAUUGUCCAGAGGUCCUCCCAGAGGUGGCUCCAUUGAGAAACACAGAAGCAGAUGAAAACAGGGGACUGUCUGAGUUUCAAACUGAGGUAGUUCAAUUGGCUGCUGUGCUUAAUGGAGACCACUUCCUGAGCAGUUUCCCAGAUGAAAUGAGCAAGAAGAUGAGUGUGAAGGAGGCUCAUGAGUAUGUGAGAGGUGCAGUGUCAAGGUUCAUAAGAGCAAGCAAAGAGGCCAUCAAUUUGGGAGCAGAGGAGUCUGCCAUUGUGGACAUGAGGUCCUCUCUCACCACCAGAUCCUCGGUGCAUGAUUAGAGAAAUCCCCAUGGUGUAUCCACCUUCUUUUUUUUUUUUUCAGCUUAGUAUUAUUUUAAUUUUUUUUCGAGUUUUUAGUAAAAGUAAUAUUAUUUAGACUUAAUCUGCUGACCUAAUGAAGUGUUUUCAUUGUAACUGUUGGAUGAAUACUAAGUUCUAAUAUUUCAUGGGACUCACAGUCAAUCCAAUAGUUACCGUGAAUUAGGUCAGUAAAUUAGGUUUAAAUAACAUU